GCCCAGGAGGGGGGAAGUCAGGGUGCCGACUGCUGCGGUCGUGUGCCCAGACGGUGUGGCAGGGACAGCUCUUGGCUGCCCUCCUGGGCCGUCGGGCUGGAGCAGGGAAGGCCCCCUCCUUGGUCCUCCCGCCCGGCUGGGCCACCUGAGCGCCGCAACUGGACCUCGCUCUUGAGGGGCACUGGGACCUUGCCCCCGGCCGGGCUUGCGCUGGCUGGAGGCAGGCCUGCGGGCGGCCGGGAAGGCGGGAGGGCCCUGCGGAGGCUGCCAAUGGGUAGCAGAUCAGGAAGCGGGGAAACCGGUUUGCCAUUUGGGCCUCUUGGGGUGGGGUCUCCUCUCCUGGGCCUUGGCGCGCUUGCCGCUCUGCCUAGUGCCCCACAGCCAAGAGAUGCAGGGUGUCCCCUUCUUGCCCAUCUGAACUGGCAUUCGGAAUGCCAGGUGCAAGUAAGAGGGGCAGGGGUCUCGGCUCAGUUUCCUCUCCUCAAGAGAGGCUGGGGAGCGAAGGGGCAGGAAGAACCGGAGGAAAGCAGUCUCCGGAGCAGGAGCCCAAGGAGGAGUCGCCCGGAGCUCGGUCGGAGCUGGAGACCUCUGCAGGGCCCACAGGGCUCCAGCGAGCGGCGGGAGGGAAGCCGGCAGGACUCUGUUCCCUCUGUUUAAAGUCUCCAGAUCCGGAGCGGAGCAGCCCCCCCAUGCUGUCUGCGGACGAUGCGGAGUACCCGCGGGAGUACCGGACCCUGGGGGGCGGGGGCGGGGGCUCCGGGGGCCGGCGCUUCUCCAACGUGGGCCUGGUGCACACGUCCGAGCGGCGGCACACUGUGAUCGCCGCGCAGAGCCUGGAGGCGCUCAGCGGGCUGCAGAAGGCGGACGCCGAGCGCAAGCGCGAUGCCUUCAUGGACCACCUGAAGAGCAAGUACCCGCAGCACGCGCUGGCCCUGCGCGGCCAGCAGGACCGCAUGCGAGAGCAGGUCGGCGGCUGGACCGUGGACCCUGUGUGCCUCCUCAGCUCCCUCUGCUCCCACCUGCAUGGCGACUCCACGCCCUCCGGGGCUGGCCAGCCCGCCCAGCAGCCAAACUACUGGAGUUUCAAGACCCGCAGCUCGCGCCACACUCAGGGAGCCCAGCCGGGGCUGGCAGACCAGGCAGCCAAGCUGUCCUACGCCUCGGCUGAGUCACUGGAGACCAUGUCGGAGGCCGAGCUACCCCUGGGCUUCAGCAGGAUGAACCGCUUCCGCCAGAGCCUGCCCCUCUCCCGCUCUGCCAGUCAGACCAAGCUGCGCUCGCCAGGGGUGCUGUUCCUGCAGUUCGGGGAGGAGACGCGGCGCGUGCACAUCACGCACGAGGUCAGCAGCCUGGACACGCUGCACGCCCUCAUCGCACACAUGUUCCCGCAGAAGCUCACCAUGGGCAUGCUCAAGUCGCCCAACACCGCCAUCCUCAUCAAGGACGAGGCGCGCAACGUCUUCUACGAGCUGGAGGACGUCCGGGACAUCCAAGACCGCAGUAUUAUCAAGAUCUACCGGAAGGAGCCGCUGUAUGCUGCCUUCCCUGGAUCCCACCUCACCAACGGGGACCUCCGGAGGGAGAUGGUGUACGCGUCGCGGGAGUCGUCGCCCACGCGGCGUCUCAACAACCUGUCGCCGGCCCCGCACCUGGCGUCCGGCUCGCCGCCCCCCGGGCUCCCGUCCGGGCUGCCGUCCGGGUCCCCGUCGCGCUCGCGCCUGUCCUAUGGGGCGCAGGGCGUGAGCCCCAGCCCCAGCGCCAUCCUGGAGCGGCGCGACGUGAAGCCGGACGAGGACCUGGCGGGCAAGGCGGGCGGCAUGAUGCUGGUGAAGGGCGAGGGGCUGUACGCCGACCCCUACGGGCUGCUGCACGAGGGCCGCCUGAGCCUGGCGGCGGCCGGCGAACCCUUCGCGUUCCCGGGCCCCGGCGGGCUGUACAAGCGCGGCUCGGUGCGCUCGCUCAGCACCUACUCGGCCGCCGCGCUGCAGUCCGACCUGGAGGACUCGCUCUACAAGGCCGCGGCCGGCGGCGGCGCGCUCUACGGGGACGGCUACGGUUUCCGCCUGCCGCCCUCUUCGCCGCAGAAGCUGGCGGACGUGGGCGCGCCCCCCGGCGGACCCCCGCCGCCCCACAGCCCCUACUCGGGCCCGCCCAGCCGCGGCUCGCCCGUGCGCCAGUCCUUCCGCAAGGACUCAGGCUCCUCAUCCGUCUUCGCCGAGAGCCCCGGGGCCAAGACGCGCAGCGGCACCGGGGGCGCCUCUGGAACCGGGGUGCCCCCGUCCGAGCUCUUUCCCGGCCCUGGGGAGCGCGCGCUCGUGGGCUUUGGACCACCAGUGCCAGCCAAGGACGCAGAGACCAGGGAGCGCAUGGAGGCCAUGGAGAAGCAGAUUGCCAGCCUCACGGGCCUGGUACAGAGCGCCCUCCUUCGGGGGUCGGAGCCCGAGACCCCCAGUGAGAAGAUUGAAGGCUCCAACGGGGCAGCCACCCCCUCCGCACCGUGCGGGUCAGGCAGCCGCAGUAGCGGGGCCACCCCGGUGUCCGGUCCUCCCGCGCCCUCGGCCGGCGGCGCCCCGGCGGAGAAGCCCACGGCGGUCAGCCGUCUGCAGAUGCAGCUGCACCUGCGCGGCCUGCAGAACAGCGCCAGCGACCUGCGCGGCCAGCUGCAGCAGCUGCGCAAGCUCCAGCUCCAGAACCAGGAGUCGGUGCGCGCGCUGCUGAAGCGCACGGAGGCGGAGCUGAGCAUGCGUGUGUCGGAGGCGGCGCGGCGGCAGGAGGACCCGCUGCAGCGACAGCGCACCCUGGUGGAGGAGGAGCGGCUGCGCUACCUCAACGACGAGGAGCUCAUCACCCAGCAGCUCAAUGACCUGGAGAAGUCCAUGGAAAGGAUCCAGCGGGAUGCGUCCCACAGCCACCGGCUGGUGCCCGGCCCGGAGCUGGAGGAGAAGGCUCUGGUGCUGAAGCAGCUUGGGGAGACGCUGACGGAGCUCAAGGCUCACUUCCCAGGGCUGCAGAGCAAGAUGCGCGUGGUGCUGCGCGUGGAGGUGGAAGCCGUGAAGUUCCUGAAGGAGGAGCCGCAGCGCCUGGACGGGCUGCUCAAGCGCUGCCGCGGGGUCACUGACACACUGGCCCAGAUCCGCAGGCAAGUGGACGAGGGAGUGUGGCCACCCCCCAACAACCUCCUGAGUCAGUCCCCCAAGAAGGUGACGGCCGAGACCGACUUCAGCAAGGGCUUGGACUUCGACUUGCCACCCCCUAGCCCUCCACUGAACCUGCAUGAGCUGAGCGGCCCAGCCGAGGGGGCCCCCCUCACCCCCAAGGGCAGCAACCCCACCAAAGGCCUGGACGCUGCUGGGAAGCGAAGCGUGGACAAGGCCGUGUCCGUGGAGGCUGCAGAGCGAGACUGGGAGGAGAAACGGGCGGCGCUGACCCAGUACAGCGCUAAGGACAUCAACCGGCUGCUGGAGGAGACGCAGGCCGAGCUGCUCAAGGCCAUCCCUGACCUGGACUGUGCCGGCAAGGCCCACGUGGGCCCGGCCCCCGCCCCAGACCACAAGCCCCCCAAAGCCCCCCAUGGCCAGAAGGCGGCGCCCCGCACGGAGCCCAGCGGGAGGAGGGGCUCAGAUGAGCUGACGGUGCCCCGCUACCGCACCGAGAAGCCCUCCAAGUCGCCCCCGCCACCCCCUCCCCGCCGCAGCUUCCCCUCAUCGCAUGGCCUGACCACCACGCGCACUGGGGAGGUGGUGGUCACCAGCAAGAAGGACUCGGCCUUCAUCAAGAAGGCGGAGUCCGAGGAGCUGGAGGUGCAGAAACCGCAGGUGAAGCUGCGCAGGGCCGUGUCUGAAGUGGCCCGCCCGGCCUCCACGCCCCCCAUCAUGGCCUCGGCAAUCAAGGACGAGGACGACGAGGACCGCAUCAUCGCAGAGCUGGAGGUGUUUGAGAGAAGCUCUGUCUCCUCCCUCCCCCCCACGCCCCGCCGCCAGCCGAUCCCCACCUUGCUGUCCCCCCAGGACCUGGGGCCCCCCAGGGGCUCAGCCCUGGGCCCCCCGCGGAAGGCUGCCCCAGGACUCUCGGCCUUCUGCGUCCCCCGGAUCGUCCUGACGGAGUGUCCCCCAUGCCCACCAGAAGUCAGGAGUGAGGAUCCAGGCCCCCGCUCAGCCCCUACACCAAGACCCCGGACCCUGGUGUGCCCCAGGCCCCAGGCCCCGCCAGAGCUGGCGGCCGUGGCUGCCUGGCCCAGGAGCACCCCGGUGCCCGCGAAGGCCAGGGCAGCCAGGAAGGAACUGGCCAGAGCCACCUGUCCGAGGGCAGCAGCCCUGGAUGGGACUCAGGAGCCCCCCGCCAUGGAGACGCCUGCAGCAGACACACCCAGGGACGCGGGGCAUGGGGCGCAGACCUGCUGUGGGGAGCGGCCCUCAGGCAGUCCAGGCUUUGUGGUGCGGAGGGACAGCCUGGAGGAGGCGCUGUGGGAGCUGGAGGCCACCCUGAGCGAGCUGGGUGCAGCCCCUGCCACUGCAGGACGCCCUGCUGGUCCCUCCGGCCCGCUCCCCAGACCCCAGAGUGGCGGUGGCAGCGUGCCGCCCAUGAAGGUGGUGACGCCCGGGGCCUCGAGGCUGAAGGCAGCCCAGGGCCAGGCAGGCAGCCCGGACAAAGGCAAGCACAGCAAGCAGCGGGCGGAGUACGUGAGGAUUCAGGCCCAGCAGCAGGCCACUAAACCAUCUAAAGAGAUGAGCGGGUCGAAUGAGACCUCGAGCCCAGUGUCAGAAAAGCCCUCGGCUUCCAGAACCUCCAUUCCCGUAUUGACUUCCUUUGGGGCAAGGAAUUCUUCCAUCUCCUUCUAGAACCUUCUAGAAGCCCCUCACAUCCCUCCCCAGCCCGCCCCCUCCUUCCUCCUGCCAUCUUUCCCUACUCGCCUUCCCUUCAUCCCCCACACCCCACCCCCUCCUGUGGGCCCUCCAGGGUCCCCCCCACAUGGCCCUCCUCACCCUCUAUACUCCUCCCCGCCCCCCUGUUGGUGUUUUUGGUUUUUUUUUUUUUUUUAAUGAUUCACCUUUAUUUAUCUUUUUUUAAAAAGCAGAAAGUACAACUAAAAACCAAACACACCACCUCCCCUUGACUUCCUGUUCCCAGUGGCCUCUUCCUGUCACCGUCUGUCCCCUCUCUCAUACUCUUCCCGAAGUCCACCCCGCAGCUCCUGCCCUGUCCCCGUGCCCGCCUUCCCCUCGCUCCUGAGGAAACUCCAAACAAACUCUGAGCCACGCAGACUUGGAGAGGCAAGAGAGCCCCUCCCUUCUCGGUCAUCCCGUCCUGGAGGAGCGUGAAGAGGUUGGGCUGCCCCCAGCUUCCGGCUGGACCAUGGGACCAGGGCAUGAGGGCGACCCUGGCCCCGGAGACGCCCUGCUCCCCGACAGAGCUGGGACGAGACAGCGCUGCUGCUACUUUGCUCCGUCCUGUCGCGUCCAGUGCGCCGGGAGGCCAGAUGGACCCGUGGGCAUCACAGAGGGACAGAGGCGGGGCGGGAGAGGUCCCGGGCUGGGCGUGUGGCCAUGGUGACCAGGCCCGUGUCCCUGGGAGCUACUGGCUUGUGGGGAGGAGCUGCCGGUGCUGGCAGAGAAGGAGGCGCUGGUGACCCUGGCAUGGAGGGAGGUCACGGGGGCAGCCUGCCUCUGGGCCGCUGCCCAAGGAGAGGGCAGCCCGGGAAGGAGCAUUCAUCCUUUUAGUUUCCUAAUUUAGCACUUUACACGCCAUUAACUUAUUGAAUGGGGGUGGGCAGGCGACAGGGAAGGGCCUGGCAGGGUAGGUCUGGAGGCCUGAGGGUGGGAGGGAGAGGAGCAGAGCUGGGGGGUUUGGGGCAGUGAGGACAGCUCUGACCCCACAGGCGGGGCCGACCUGACCUGCAGCACCCUUUCCAUGACUUGAGGGCUUUGGGGCAGGCUGCGACGUGGGGAUCUGGUGACUACUGACAAGAUGUUUGAGGGUCCCCAAGUCCUGGAAUAGAGGGGGAAGGAGGCUUUAGGUCCCCAGUCCUGGGGUGCCCAGGGGCCCGGGGAGAUGGGGGAGGAGGGGAUGGAGUGGUGUCCCCAGGGGACAGGGUUCCUAUUUGGAGCACAAAGGUAGAGGAAGCACAGGGAGGGGACAUCGGGCUUGUCCCCCAUAAGCACAGAAAGGAGGAGCCAUGGAAGGGGACUGGGCCCACGUCCCUGGGGGCCCGGUGGGGGACCCAGGGAGCUGGGGAGGGCUGGGGAGUGGGGAGCCGGGCUGUUUCUUCGUUCCUUUGGGAUUAUUUUUGGUUUCUGGAUUUGUUGAUUCAUCUUUGUUUUCUAGCUUCGGACCAUUUUUUGUACAAAGGCAAGUGAGCCUUUUUGAAAAAUAACAAAAGAAGAGGAAAAAAAAAAUCCCUCCCUGAAAAAAAAAAAAUCACAAAAAAACCUAGAAAAUAGGAAAAAAAAAAAAAAAGGACCUCAUAAAUGAUGCAAUUACUUUUAAUUGCAGGCAACUCUUUACAUUUAAGUGAAGUGUCUUAACAUUUUAUAUUGUUUUAAAAAUAUAUUUACAUAUUAUAUAUAUAUAAUAUACGUAAUAUAAAUAUAUAUAAAUAUUUAAAAAAGAAAAAAAAAGGAACCCACGGCCCUCUCUUCCUGGCCGCUGUCUGGGCGGGGCUGGGGCCUGGGGACAGCGGCGGCCGGGGCUGGGGCCGGUCCAGGGAGGCAACGCGAUGCUUAGUCGGGUACAGAGACCCCGGCUCGGGAGGGGAGGGGGGAGUGGUGCCCCCUCCUCCCUCCGCUCCAUUACUCUGCUUGCUAUUCCGCCUGCCCCCCACCACCUCAGCCCUGUGACCUGAGUGCGUACCCCACUGUCACUGUCCUGAGUGGAUGUCCCUGUGUGGGGGAGGGGAGGGGAGCGUCCAUCCGUGGGGCCGAAGGAGGGGGCCCCACCCACCCCCUGCGGUAGAGUCCAGUGGGAUCCGCAUCCUUCUCGCUUUAGUUCCUGCACACGAGCGGGCUGGGAGGCACUUGCUUGAGACUGCAGCUUGGGUGUGUGCAGAUGUGUGCGGGUGUGCACCGGCACGGGGCCUCCUAGCUGCGCGUGCAUUUGCAUGAGGUGUGAGUGCAUGGGGAUGGCCUGUCUGUGUGUGUGUGUGUGUGUGUGUAUGUGUGUGCACGGAGGCGCGUGUAAGCUGCUAGGACACUGGCAUGUGCCUGCCUGCGUGUGCACGUGAGAGGAGCCCUGCGCGUGAGAACACGUGUAGCGUGUGUGCAGAUGUGCCUGGCUUCCAGAGACCCGUCACAUGGGGACCGCAAAGGCGUGGACGCGGAGGCGCGUGGGACCUGGCUGCGGCUACGGGCGUGGGCACGAGUGUGCUGGUGCAGAUCCAGAGUGCGUGUGCAUGCGUGUGCGUGCGCGUCCCAUCAUCCCCGCAACCCGCCUGGCUCCCUUUCCCGGCCCCCGACCCCCAGAGCCCGCAGCACGUCUGUGCCCCACUGCAUGCGCCUCGCUGCCCCCCCACGCCCGUGUGUGCUUGACAGAAAUCGGGGGGACGGUGCCCCCGCCCGCCGCGCUGCCCCUCGCAUGGGGGCUCUCGCCCGCCCCGCCCCAUGCUGUUCCCGGAGCCCGGCUGGGGCUCUGCGCGGGGUCCCAGGGCACCCGGGCCAAGCUCAGCUCCACCCCGCCCCGUCCACCCCGUAGGGACCGUGUUGGUGUAACAGUGACAGCUUCUGUGGAUGUUCUGUGACCUCUGUCGGUGUAACUUGACAAUUUCUAAAUGGAAAAGGGUUGCUGUGUUUUCUGUCUCUUUUUCACCGUCCUUCUCCCCACCUCCCCGCUCUUUCCUUUUCGGUUUUUCUAGCCGAGUGUUUGGGGCUUUAAUAAAAUUUGUUUCUCUUUCCUCUCCUGGA